AUGAACCAAUCUCAGUAUGAUCUAAGCACCGUGCAAAACAAGGAAGCCUUUCAGGAUGCAGUGGAACUCAAAGACUGUCCUGUCGUAGGACGAUCGCUCGUUGCCAAGCGUCCAUUAUGCGUUGGGGAAACAGUGCUGGCUGAGCGUCCUUUGCUGAAAUAUCAUCUCGAUCCGGUCUGCCGAUCAUCGACAUCGCCUUUUCAUUCGAAAGCCCUUUGGCGCACGCUCGUGAGUCUUGUCCGAAAAGAAGAAGGUCUUGACGAUCCAGCACAACAAGAGAACGUUUCCCCAGAUCAGCGUCAUCAGCGUCAUCAGCAAGACAACCAUAGCGACGAUAGUGACUAUAAUGAUGACUACUCGGACGAUGAGUCCGAGGAAAGCGAUGACGAAGACAAAGAGGAUGAAGAGCCGGCAUCGGCGUUUUGUCCUGGCGUGCCAGCUGCCAUGGUCGCUUAUCUUCGUGUCCAUCCUCCGCCUACCUCUUGCGUUCGAAACAAUCCAUACAAGCCCUCUAAUUUUGAAUUCUUUUAUUACCCAACCUUUGAUCAUCCCACGGUUCGAUUGAUUCACAAUGUAGCGCGUCAGGCAAUUGCUUCGAUUAAAGAAUUCGCUCACUUGCAAGUGGAAGAACUCGCUUCCUUUGUCUUGAAAAUCUACAGUAAUGCUCACACCGUAGCGUAUCGAAACGAACGAGGCUUACCUACGCAUUCGCGCAAAAAGGAACGACGACGACGAUAUGAGUCCAAAUGGGGAGAUGCACUGAAUGCAAAUUACGGUGGAUGGGCAGAUACAGAAGAAUCGAGUGUACGACCUUCGAUUGCAUUAAUGUUGUGGGGAUCCAAAUUUGCUCAUUCUUGCUCUCCCAAUUUAUUUCUGCAAUACGAGCCUGCCAAUGAUGCCAUGGUAUUCACGGUGGUGCGACCGCUGAACCCGGGGGACGUCUUGACCUUUUCUUAUCUUCCGGAAGACGAUCGAUCGAGUGGUGGGUUGGUGUGUGGCACCACCGUCAUGCGCCAGGAAAAAUUGCAACAGUUCAAAUUCUUUGAUUGUGCCUGUGAACGAUGCAGUGAUUGGGAUGUGUCGCGUGGUGCGGUUUGCCCAGCGUGUGGUGAAAACACAUUGUACUUGCGGAAACAAUGGACCUGUCAGUCGUGCGGCGUGUCGCCGACGGCGGCGCCUGAGUUUAUCGGUGAACGGGAAAGUUACGUACAGAAAAUGGUGAUGGCGUUUGCGGCACGAAUUCAAGGCACACAACCGGUCGGCGAGAGUAUGAUGCGCAUGCUCGAGCCUUUCCUUGAAGACUUGCUUCAUCCCAGUGAUUCAGAGAAACCCGCGGUGCCCAAAACCCAUUGGACCUACGGCUUCAGUCACUCGUUGCUGGCCAAUUAUCAUCUUGCCCUUUUCCCCGGCACGUUUGGUCGUGGAUUAGCCGACCGGCUAGGCAUGACAAACAAAGGACUGCAAGAAACCAAAACUUAUAUCGAAUUUUUGCAUCACAGCAUUUGGCGUCCACAAUCGACGAAUGACAACCCCGUAGCCGCCUUUUUCGCCGCCUGGCGUAUCCUCUCCAUCGUCAUUGACGUUAUCAUACAAUCCACCCAGAAAUUACGAUUCCAUCGUGAAAAAUCGAUCGAUCAUCCAAAAGAGGAUGAAGCAAAAGAGGAAUCCAAUGAGCCUUUAUACGACUUGGUUCCCAUGGAGGAAGAAUGGCAACCGCUGGUAUAUUCCAUCAUGGAUAUCGUUCAUCGUCAGUGGAUACCAGUGAUUCAGACCAUUUUCCAAAACCGAGAAUCGGCUGUCAUGACAGAUAUUUUGCAACGCAUUGAUGCAUGUAAAAAGAGAUUAGACGCUUUAGAAGCCAUUGCAGUACAAUAG